UAUUUCUAUUUCGCACGAAAAUUUCAUAGUUGCUUUGCUUCUCUUCUCGUCUCAUCAUUACCAGAUUACCCCAAACCCAAACCCCUCUGCGCCAAAUUCGUAUUCGCCUGUUUUUGCUAUUGUUCGGGUUUCGGAACCCAUUUCUCUUUAUCUCACUAACUCUUUCCACUCGGAAAAACCACACCAGAACUUAUUGGCUCUCUCUGUCAAUUUUUCUCAGAUUUGAAUGUGGGACUUUUGUGCUUUAUAUGUAGGCUAUUUCGUAUGAGUGAAAACUAAAUUAAAGAGUCAUGCAGAAAGAUAAUAUUAGCACUCCAUCAACCCCAACCGGUCGAGUUCGGCAUCGAAGACGUUCAAAUGAGGCUAUUCCAGAUGUUACUAAAACAAAUGGAGGCAGUUUGCUUGUUCAUGAUCGUAACAAAUACAAGUCAAUGUGGAUACGGGCAUACUCUUCCGUUUGGAUGAUUGGGGGCUUUGUGUUUAUUGUUUAUAUGGGUCAUCUCUAUAUUACCGCUAUGGUUGUUGUUAUCCAAAUCUUUAUGGCGAAAGAGCUGUUCAAUUUAUUAAGGAAAGCUCAUGAAGAUAGUCAUCUCCCAGGAUUCAGGCUUUUAAAUUGGCACUUCUUCUUCACUGCCAUGUUAUUUGUAUAUGGUCGCAUUCUCAGUCAACGGCUUUUCAAUACUGUAACUUCGGACAAGUUUCUCUAUCAGUUUGUUAGCAACCUUAUCAAAUAUCAUAUGGUUAUCUGUUACUCCCUAUAUAUCACAGGUUUUGUGUGGUUCAUCGUUACAUUGAAGAAGAAGAUGUACAAAUAUCAAUUUGGCCAGUAUGCAUGGACACACAUGAUUCUGAUUGUUGUGUUUACGCAGUCCUCUUUCACAGUAGCCAACAUUUUUGAAGGAAUUUUCUGGUUUCUUCUUCCAGCAACACUUAUUGUUAUUAAUGAUAUCGCUGCAUAUAUCUUUGGAUUCUUCUUUGGAAAAACCCCAUUAAUCAAGCUAUCUCCGAAGAAAACUUGGGAGGGAUUCAUUGGUGCUUCUGUUACAACUAUCAUAUCUGCAUUUAUGUUAGCUAACAUCAUGGGUCGUUAUCCGUGGUUAACAUGCCCAAGGAAGGAUUUAUCAACUGGUUGGCUUCAAUGUGAUCCUGGUCCGUUGUUUAAGCCUUCUACUGUUACCUUACCCGGAUGGAUUCCUCAAUGGUUCCCAUGGAGAGAAUUUUCUGUCUUGCCAGUUCAGUGGCAUGCCGCAUCCUUUGGUUUAUUUGCAUCAAUAAUAGCACCUUUCGGAGGCUUCUUUGCGAGUGGUUUUAAAAGAGCUUUUAAAGUCAAGGAUUUUGGCGAUAGUAUUCCUGGGCAUGGUGGAAUUACAGACAGAAUGGAUUGUCAGAUGGUGAUGGCCGUAUUUGCAUACAUCUAUCAUCAGUCAUUUGUUGUGCCUCAAAGUGUCUCAGUUGAGAUGAUAUUGGACCAGAUAUUGAUGAAUCUCACUUUUGAGGAGCAACAAGCUCUAUUUAUAAAGCUUAGAGAUACCUUGCAUGAGAGACUAAUCAGACAGUCGUAAAUCCGGUAUCAGUAGUGGUCAGCCUCCCCUCUAGAAUGGUGUCUCUGGAUGUGCAGAGAGGACAGAUGAAAAGGGACUGUUAUGUAAUUUGUAUAUUGUGGCUGUCUUCUAUAUUUCGAGUGCAACCCUCUAAAACCUUUUCGGUGGAGGCUUGAGUCUUGUAUAGUCUUGUUUUCGUAGUUUGUCUCAUGCAAAUUGGUUGAAGACUCCCACCGCCAUGAGAAAAUUUACGUUUCUAGUUUUUUCGCUUACUAUUAUUUCGCCUGAAAAUUACUUUAUUCAGAGACGCAAUGGAUGGUCAAUUCUUCGAACUUAUGUGGGUCUGAGCAUUCAGACCCCAAAAAUAAAAUGUAAACUGGUUAACUUUUA